CCAUGAAAAGAAGUGAUAGCCCUGCCCAGACAGAAAUUUUUUCCUUCCCUUCCCUUCCCUUUCCUCUGGCGGGCAGACAGGCGGAGGCAGGCUGCUCUGCUGCCGCUGUGCUCUGAUCCCGGCCUCCCUCCGCCAUCGGCAUCGGCAUCAGCAGCUGUCCAAACACAAACCCUGCAGAUUCUUUAUCACAGCCACAGCGCAACCAACUGCUCUGUCUCUCUCACACACACACGCAUAUACAGAGCGGAGUGGACGUGACAGAGAGCUGCUGCUCUGCUUGGUAAGCAGUAUAUACUCCAUCACGUCUCGUCCAAGCCAUCCAUCCAUCGGUCGGAGCCAAGGACGCGCGCGCAGAGCCGUGGACACAUGCACCCGGCCAUGUCGGCGGCGGCGGCGGCAUUCUUCCACGGCGGAGACGAGGAGGAGGCGGGGGCGGUGGUGCAGGGCGGCGCCGGAGCUGGAAGAAGGCCGGCCUUCGUCACCCAGCAGCUCUUCCCGACGACGGCGGCGGCGGCGCCGACGGGUACGGCGACGCGGCAGCAGGAGAUGGCCGCGGUCCCGGAGCUCGCAUGGGGCGGGGCGGCUGCGCACUGGGCCCGGCCGGCGUCGAGGACCAAGAGCCGGCGCGGGCCGCGGUCGCGGAGCUCGCAGUACCGCGGCGUCACCUUCUACCGCCGCACGGGCCGCUGGGAGUCCCACAUCUGGGACUGCGGGAAGCAGGUGUACCUGGGAGGAUUCGACACGGCACAGGCCGCUGCAAGGGCGUACGACCAGGCGGCGAUCAAGUUCCGCGGCGUGGAGGCGGACAUCAACUUCGUGCUGGACGACUACAAGGAGGACAUCGGCAAGAUGAGCGCCUUGAGCAAGGAGGAGCUGGUGCAGGUGCUGCGGCGGCAGGGCGCCGGGUUCGUGAGGGGCAGCUCCCGGUUCCGCGGCGUCACCCUGCACAAGUGCGGCAAGUGGGAGGCCCGGAUCGGCCAGCUCAUGGGCAACAAGUUCGUGUACCUUGGCCUGUAUGACACGGAGAUGGACGCUGCAAAGGCUUACGACAAGGCGGCGCUCGAAUGCAGCGGCGAGGAGGCGGUGACCAACUUCGAGCCCAAGGCGGCGGCUGCGGUGUGCGACGGGGAGCUCGGCCUGCAAGCUUGGGGUGGCGAGCCUGAUCUCGAGCUCAGCCUGGGCUGCUCCGGCGGCGGCGAUCCCUCCACGGUCACCAGCGGCGACACCCUCCACACCGCAGCCGCGCCGGGCAGCCGGAGGACGAGUCUGACGUUUGAAAUGCCGGAGGAGGAGGCGACGGCGCCGUGGCACCCCGGCAGGACCAGGAGCAUCUGGAUGAGGCCUUCGCCGACGGCGAUAACACCGGCGCUGAGAUGCCCAGACGGCGGUCACCGCCCCACCAUCCCGCGCAGCAUGCUCCAGAUGCCCAGAGCAUCAUGUCGUGUGACCGUUGAACAGGGCCAGAUCGGCGGAGGGGGCAGGGCAGAGCCACACAUGCUCGGGUGGCCCACCGGCGCCGGCGUCGGCCGUUGGCAGCCGUACGCCGCCGAGGCAGCAGCAGCAGCAUCAUCAGGAUUCCCGCCGGCGCCGGGGCUGGGAGGCGUCCAGCGGCUGAACCACCACCUGCCGGGCGGCAGGGAGCAGCAGUGGCGCUGAGCGGCCACCGAGCUGCAGCAUUCCAGCGUCGGCGUAACAUGUUUUGGGAAGAAGGAACCACCGUCACCCCCCGGCUCGGCGCCGCCCUUUUUGUCAGGUUGGCAGGUCGGCGCGCCGCCGUCAUCGCCUGCCAACCCCGGUGUGCAUGGCCGGUCCGGUGAUCCCGGUGGCGCUUAGCCGUAGUAUAUCCCGUAGAGAAAGCGACAAACGCUGUAGCUCCAAGAACCUUGUGGCGGUAUGUCCAGCAGAUCCUGUCGAAACCUGAUGAUGCCUUCAGUAGAAAUCUCAAUCUGGGUGAUGAUGAUGAUGAUG